AAGACUCACAAGACAAUUGAGAGUUUCAAUUAAGGAAACCGAUGUCAUCUCCAAAGCGAUCCUAUCUCCGCAAUUCCGCUUUUCGUUCUAUCAGGAGGACACUCGCCCAUUGCAGAAUUAAAUCUAAACAUUGAACCUUUCAUCUUCAACCUUCAGAUCUAAUUGCACAGAUAGCCUUCAAGGCACGCAACAUGGCCUCUAGCAUCUACACACUGUUCGACAUCCCCACCAAGCCCCCGCGGGUGUGCUGGUCUAUGAACACCUGGAGAACCAGGCUCCUUCUUAACUACAAGGGUCUCGACUAUACAACAGAAUGGGUAAAUUCAACGAUGCCAUACUUCUUUGUCGCCAUACUGAAUCCGUCUCAGCUUGAAUACCCCGACAUCCAAAACCGGCUUAGCUCGCAGAUCCCUCUACUCGUUGCGCCUGCUCACUCUAUUAGUGUCGCUCCGAAUGAACGUGAAGGUUCGCCCAAGUUCACGUGCCCAGCGUUGCAAAUGCCGGGGGGGUCCUAUGUAAUGGACUCCUACAAAAUUGCCGAAAUCAUCGAACAACGGCAUCCAGAACCGACCUUGCCCUUGAAUGCACAGUUGCAAUCCAGGUUCCAGCCGAUUCUCGUCCAGCUCAUGACACAGCUGACGCCUGUCUACGUACCGGGUGUUGCAGAACGAUUUCUCAGCGAGCACAGUCUGGGGUAUUUCAUCGAAACUCGGCGAGAGGAUCUGGGGAUGGACCUGGAAGUCUACCGGAAACAGCACGGCCCUGGAGCGUUUGAUAGAGCUGAGCCAUUCGCGCAACAAAUGUCUGGGUUGCUCAACGAGGUUUCGUCCGGGCCGUUCUUCCUAGGCGAUGUCGUCACCUACACUGAUUUUAUCUGGGCUGGAAUCCUGCUAUUCUUUGAGAGACUAGGCGGUGAAGAGUAUCCAGAGCUACUCAAAAGGAGCGGAGAUGCUGAUUUGCACAAACGUUUUCUGGACGCUCUGAGUCCCUGGACGAAGCGGGAUGAUUGA